CAUUAGUCAGCAAUGCCAUUGACCUGCCAUCAAGCCAGCCCGUGGGGUUAUCAGGAAUACCAGUUUUUGCAAACAACCUGAGAAGAAGAUGUCCCCAAUGCGACUCCUCAGUCUACAGCUAUUGCUCCGAUAAACUGUUCCACGAUUCUUGUUGUUGUCACAAUCCAAACAAUCCAUACGAUCGUGUUCCACCUCAGUGUAGAUACGCGGACUGUAGUUUCCUUCACGCGAACAGCUGUUCGGAACACAAACUGAUAACUGCUUGCUGCUGCACAAACUUCGUAUUAUAUAGAAAAUGAAAACAAAAUAUUUUAUAAAACAUUAUUUAUUGACUUUCUUAUAAUAAAUUAUUUAUUACAUUGA